GCGACAGCUGUGGUAAACAAAAAGUAAGAAGAAGAAGAAAAGUGUUUAGUGUGGUUUGCGUUCUCUUCUUAAAAUUAAUUAACAAUUCAUAGUUUUGAACUUCUAUGAGGAAAGGCUUCAACAUGAGCAACGAAGAAUUGGAAUAUUUCUACGACGAGGACAAGGAUCUUCCUAUUGAAAAGUCAAACAUGAAGCGUGACGCGGGCUCAGAUGGUGAAGGACCAAACAAGAAGAUUCGUAAGAAUGAUGAAGUGAUUCGCUUGUUGAUUCCCAGCAAGAUCGCAGGGGCAAUCAUUGGCAAAGGUGGCCAAAACAUCCAAAAGCUCCGUGCACAGUAUAAAGCCACUGUGUCUGUCGACGAUUGCCAAGGUCCCGAACGUACGGUACUCAUUUCAUCUGACAUGGAGUCUGUGUGUAACAUUUUGGCGGAAAUGCUGAAAAAUUUCGAAGAGAAAGAGGAAGGUGAAAUUGAUCUUCGUUUGCUCAUCCAUCAAAGUCUCGCCGGAUGUGUGAUUGGCAAGGCUGGGAGUAAAAUCAAGGAGCUACGAGAUAAAAUUGGAUCUCGCAUCAAAAUCUUCUCCAAUCUUGCACCACAGAGCACCGAUAGAAUCGUGCAGAUACUUGGAAAGCCAGAUCACUGUAUUGAUUCCAUUAAGGAAAUUGUGAAUCUUGUAAAAUCGACGCCAGUUCGCGGGCCAGUACACAACUAUGAUCCCCUCAAUUUUGACGAUGUCUAUGCUGAGGAGUAUGGCGGCUACGGCGCCAGCGGCGGCGGCAAUGGUUUCCGCAAUGGUGGUCGCUUCUCAGGCGGCUCCGGAAGUGCCCGUGGAGGCGAUCGAUCUGGAAUGGAUCGAUUCGGUGAUCGUGGGGACAGACGCGGCGACAUGGAUCGUAGCCGCGGAGGUGGUCCCAUGAGCCGCGGCGGCGGUAGCGGCAUGGAAAGCCGAGAAUUUGUUGAUCCCUGGGCAAGGCCUCCAAUGGGCAACGGUGGAGGGCCAAUGGGUGGCAAUAGCCCCAACAUGAAUAUGUCCAUGGGUGGCAUGAGCUAUGGCGGCGGCAUGGGCAAUGGCAGCGGAAUGGGAGGCGGCGCUGGAGGUGUGAGCGGCGGCAAUGGAAUGGGAAUGGGUGGUGGCGGUGGUGGUGGAUCAGGAAUGGGAAUGGGAGGCGGAAGUAUGGGUGGCGGAAUGAGUGGCAGCUAUGGAAUGGGUGGAGGUGGAGUUGGUGGUAAUAUGAGCAAUAUGGGUGGCAGUGGCGGUGGAUCGGGGCCACUUGAGAUGGACGAGAAGAAUACAACUCAAGUCACAAUACCCAAAGACUUGGCUGGAGCAAUUAUUGGAAAGGGCGGCGGACGCAUUCGUCGCAUCCGGACAGAGUCAAAUGCUUUCAUCACGAUCGAUGAGCCACUUCGUGGAUCAAAUGAUCGUAUUAUUACGAUUACUGGAACACCAAAGCAAAUACAAACAGCACAGUAUUUGCUGCAGCAGAGUGUACAUGAGAAUCGGAGGAAAUUCUAAAGGUGGCAGGGAGAUACCAUGAAAAAAGAAAGAGAGAAAGUAAGGAUAGCAGAACAGGUGUGAAGUGUUGAAAAGUGGAAGAGAUGAAAAGCAAAAAAAAAAGGAGAAGGAGAAGAGGGAACAGCAAAGAAAAUGAUUAACGUUAAUUUCUUUUUGUCUACAUAUUGAAACUAAUUGCCAGUUUAUCGUGUUUAUUACAACCCCUCUAAUAUUAUAAUGUUUUGGGGUAAAAGGGAAAGAUGAAAAAAAAAGAAGGAAGAUGAUGAUGGAGAGAAAAAAAAUACCCCACCACUGGUCUGCUCUACAUUUAAAUAAUUAUGAUUAAUUAAGGUAAUAAUAAUCUUAUCUAUUUUAUCAGGCUGAAGGAAGAAGAACUUUUGGAAGGGGAGUAAAAUGGAAUUUUUAUUGUGUGUGAAAUAUUUUUUGUGUCUCUAUGAGAAAUUAUUUUUUUUUUUCUUUUCCUUGAUUUUUCUAUUACACUUUGUUAUUCCGAAUGUCCCUCUUAUCUGUCCUUUCUGGCGAUAUUCGAACAAUUUUGCGUCAUAUUUGUGUCUAAAUAUUGAUCUAGCCUUCCCUCAGUACAUUAUUCUCUACAAUUAAUUGAAAUAUAUCCAUGAAUUAAUUUUUUUUGCGGAAAAAUUUAAAACAAGGGGAAUACAAUUUUUUUUUCAACGUUAUGAAUUUCUUUUUCUUAUUCUCUUUUUUAAAAAAAAGAAAAGCAGAAAAUAGUGCUCCUAAAAUUUGUCUUUUGUUAUUUGAAUUUUUUAAAGAAGUAUCAUGCAAAAAUAGCACAAAAGAUAGGGGACUUUUUGAGGGAAUAAGGCGCAAAAGAAAAUUAUUAAAAAUAAAAAAAAUACAAUAAUAAAUCAUAAAAAUAAAAUCCAUGAGAAAUUGUGAAGAAAUAAAUAUUGAGGAAGUCUUUCAUACUCUUAUCGUAAAUAUAUAAGAUAAAUAGAAUGUUUCUAUAUAAUUUUUAGUGAGUAGAAAAAAUAAAAGAAAAUGUGUGUGUGUCGAAGUAAACAAAAAAAACACAUUAAAUUGAAAAAUUAAUUUUUUGCAAGACUCCAAAUUAUUCAUUGAUAUAAUUUUCUUUUCAAAUAGCUCAGAAGAAAAGGGAAAAUGUGUUGAAAUUUGACCGAAGAAAAAAAAACAGUUUUAGAGGCAGAAAAAAAAUCAAUGGAAAAUAGAAUUGCACGAAGAAAAAAACCAGAGUACAAAGGUAUCAAAGGGUUCUAAAGAGAAUAAAUGUUUAAAAGAUGAAGCAUAACACAGGAAAAAAGAUACAAAGAGAAAAUUAUGCAAAAAAAAGGAUUAACAUUGAGCGGUUCUAAAACAACAAAAAAUCAACCAAAUAUUUAACACAUUAACUUUAAAAUGAAAUAUAUAGAAACAAUAAUAAAAAUACAUUUAUUUAGUGAGUUUGUCGUACGCAAAACUUUAAUUUCCUUUAUGUGUAACUCUAAUGGAGAAGCGAGUUUUGUCCUCCGGAAAAAAACAAGCAAAAGAAUAUAAGGUAGUUUAUAAGGACAAAGAUUAUAUUGUGUAGUAAGUUUUGAAGUAAUAUAAAAAUUUGUGGGUAUUUGAACACAUUUUUUUCGCAAGUUUUUUGUAGUUUUCCCUUCCCCUUUAAAAGUAUAAAAUGAAGAAACAUAAUUGAAUAUGGAAUAUAGAAGUUAUAAGUAAACUAUAUAAAAGGAAAAAUAUGGAAAUUUGAAUAAAAAUACAUUAGAAAGUAAAAAAAAAAGAAA